AGACACAACAUGUUAUCUUCUCAAUCGAUGUCAUUUUUUCUGAUCGUCGUCUGGCUUUACGAAUUCUUCAAAUGCCAGGAUCAUUGUGAAGAACGUGAAUGGAUGACUUUGGAAAAAGUAAUUUUUGAAAACCGGUCAUAUCGAUAUUCUCAGCAUUAUAUGUAUUUCCAGAGCAUCAGUAUUAACAAGUCUCAGCCAGCUGUGAAUGGAAGUUUCAAUAUACGCAAUUAUUUCUGGGUAAGCUGAAUACAUUUUUUGAUGAAGGUACUUGUGCCUGUGUUUACGCCUUUUUAGACAGUUAAACCGAAACUGUCGCCCAGAUAUUACGGUAGUCAGUUCACAGAAUUCUCUAUUGGCUCUACUGGUGAAAUAAAUAUGCACGGAGAAGACAGCUUCGGAUAUAUCAGACCGUUUACUUUAAAAAUUAAAUUUCUUGAUAUUGAGAUUUCGGAUGAGAAAGAACUACUUGCUGUCAGAUGGUUUAUUAAUGAAGACGUUGAUGGUAAACAGUUUACAGCCAAGGUAACUUGCCUAAUCCAUCCGAAUGGGAAGAUAAUUUUGUAUUAUGAUAACAUUCCAACGGAAAUUAAAGACGUUGAAUGGAACCCGGUAAUCAUGGGUAAAUUCAAAUGUGGAGAAAGUAAGAAACAUUUCAACGAAUGUUGUCAGCACAUUGAUAUCUGGUUACUCACAUUAUCAGUCAUCUUUUUGUGUUAUAUUACUUUUUGUUUUUACACUGUUUAUCAGCACGUCAAUACAGAACAUUCCUUUAUUCUAUCACAGUGAUCCAGUUUAGUUUUCUUACAGUUUACGUUAAAGACUUGAUUUGCUUGUAAAAACAAGUGAUAUAAAUGUCGUUGAAGUGUUGUGGAUAAUUGUGCAAAAUGAAAUUGAUAUGUGUCUUGUAAAAGCACUGUUCAAAUUUCAUUUAAUGUUCAACAUUCAACGUUAGAUAGAUGUUCACACUCCUUGUAGGAAAAUUUCAGUGUCACAACUGAUUGUGAAUAUUAGUGUAAGCUAAUUGUCAAAGUGUUUGAUAUUUGCGAAUAGGGCUCUCGAACAUAGAACCACUAUUAUAAAAUGAAUUGAAAUACAAGUUCAUAUGCAUUCAAUUCAACAACUAUCAUACUUGAUGAUGCCACAGAAAUGAUUCAAAGCGAGAUCGUUAUGGUGUCAAUUCAGAUUUCUGGACAUAUGAAUGAUGAGAUUAAAGAAAUGAGAUUUACACUCAUUUAUUUUUUAACUUACAGUACACAAGUCGCACUUUCAGUACUCAGUCUCCACUCAAAAUGAAGUGUGUAUUGUAUGAAACAGAAUAAAACGAAUGGUACUGAAUGGACAUUGAUCGAUUUUGAUGUACAUAAUUAAUUUUUGAACAUACUAGAUAAUCAGCAACUUAUCUUAUAUGAGACAUUUACCAGUUCCGUGUUUAGACCACAACUUAAAUGGUGCAAAUACCCUGUUGUAUUUAUAAACGAAUUCUGAAUUUUACAUGUCUUUUCUUGUUAAAUAUAUCACAGAAUAUGCAGCACCAUCUCGCAUAACUACUCCUGCAACAUGGAUCAACAGUGGAACAUGGGUGGAAUAUGAAGCUGUCAGACGUAUGUUAUAACUUAUUUAAUCAGCCAUCACUACCUUCACACUUGAAAACAUCACUUUUAUUUCAACGAUUUGAACAUUCCAUGUAUAAUUUUAUUCUACUACCACAUGAUAUCGAGGUAUCUAUCCUAAAUGACAUUCCAUAUAUCAAUAAUAACUACACAUCGAUUCGUUUGUUGAAUGAUGAAAAGGAUUCAAAACCCAUUUUGAACCAAUAUUGAAGUCUUCACUUUGACCAAAAAGUGACUUGACCACAAAGCAACUAAACGAUAAAUGAGAUGAUGUUAGUUCUGAAUAAAAUUAAAUGUCCGUGAGUUGGUUGUGCGUUGACGAGGAAGUGUCCGAAUUUUCCUUUGAUACAUGUGAAAUGUAAUCUUGCUGAUGUAGUGAAUUCGCGAAUACUUCGGAAACGACUGCCUAUUUUCCAAAAUCUUUGCUUUGUCAUACAUAUACGAUCAAUUGAAGGUAUGGAUAAGUCACGUCUCCAAAUUACAAUUUAUCAUAGCCAGUUUGAGAAUUAUUUCCACAUUAUGAAAAUGUGUGCCUUCUCAUAAAUAUGUCCAUUGAGUAACUAUAAACAUAUUUUAGUUCACCAUGUUUUAGUCGACUAAAAUAAUAUUUUAAGUAGUGAGAGAAUCAUUCCAUGAUAUAAUAAUCAGAUCGCCGUCAAUAUUCUGCGAAUAAGAUAUUCCAGUCAUCAUCAAUGAAUCUUUACCGAUCCAACUAGUCUCAUAGAUUAACUGACAGCACAAAUAACAGAAUGCAGUUACAUACUUUCAUAUCAUCAACCACAGUAGGUCGACUGAAAUCUCUUCAAGAAAAUCAUCAUUGAUCAUUCUAAAAACGAUGUCAGACUUCCUUUGUCGUUUGACUGGAUUGACAUAAUUAAAACACGAUAUUAAGUCUGAAAACAAAUGAAUUUCUUGAAUUCGGUUCAUUCACAAAAGUGAUGUCAUCUAAAGAAACUGUACAACAAUGAAAACUUUAAUGUAACGUGCCUUGCUGAGUCCACUGACAGCAUCGUUCGUACACGUCUGAAUGUAAACAGUUAUUGAAAUCCAUCGUUCAUACUUGACAUUUGACAUAGUUUCAGUCAAUUCAAACAUGAUGUUGCAAAACAUGAUUGAAAUUGAUAGUGCACUGAAUAUUGCAUUAUGCAUCGUAGUGACAAUUUUCCAGUGAGUGAAAUGGUCACUUAACGCCGAAAUCACCAUUAUUUUAUUGGGUUAUUGUUACAUGUUUUGUAAUUCACUUACCUUUUAUUUGGCAACUUCAAAUUAAAUCAUGUCAUUCUUUUCACAGACUAUUGUAUAAAAAACACUUCGCCUAAAGCAUGCCAAAACGCAACAACAUCGAGUAUAACUUGUUUUUGGUGUGAUGAAGCGAACAUAUGCAUUGAUGAUACUGACCAGGAUGCUCAUAACAUGAAAGUUAAUAACUGCCGCGCUAAGGUUAGUAAUUCUUAAUCUUCACAGGUCGAUUCCAAUAUUGGAAAAUUACACAUUUCGUGUACACCCAUUCACUCGAAGGAACAUCUUUUCUUUACGAGUAAAAAAUAACUUGUACACUACCCUCAAUGACUAAAUUAAAGUUUUGUAUACGUUGACGUCCACUGAUCCCAUAUGAGUACCAUGAUUUCUUUCUAUGGAAUGAGUAAACAAUAAAUUGAAGCGUUCAUUGACACUAAUACUCGAAAAGAUAAUGAUAUUUCAGCUCAUUGAAAGUGUGGUUAUUUUAGAAACCGCAUAUCUAUGUGGAUUGUUGCAAAAUACCGAUGAAACCAGUUUGAUUGAAGAAAUGUAACCUGUUGGAAUUUGUGUUUCAUGUUUUGAUAAUUAGUUGAAGUAGACUCCAUUGUUGAAGUUCAGAACGAGAAUUCCUGACUCUCUGCUGAGUAAUAUGUAACCUGGUCACAUUGUUUUAAUUUUAAAAAAUCAAUUUUAAGUUUAUUGGUUUUUAUUCGGAUUGUGAUUAGAUACGACAUACAGAACACAAAUUUCAUCACACAAUUGAGUCGUCUAUUAAUUUCAGAAUGGUGUGUACUCAGCAUACAGACAGUCAAAUCGGUAGUUGAUGUUCUAAAUGAUUGUACGAAUGCAAAUUGAGUAACUAUUUUUUGAAUAUUAUUCUAUUAUCAAUGAUGACAAUUGUGCAUAAUGAUUACUAAAUUGAUUGAACAAUAUUUCACAUUUGAUAACAAAUGCUUUUGUUUUGUUUAUUAAGAAGAACCCAGAUGUGAAUGGUUUGAGUACACAAACACCCAUCAAACACAUUGAAACAACAUCGAGCGCUGGUGAAUUUCCGGUUACAGAAAGCCCCAAGGAAACUACAGAAGAAACUGGUGAACACUCGAACAUGACUACUGAAGAGAAUCUAGAGAAGAAAUCAUCUUGGUACUUGUAUAUAGUGAUUCCUUUGAUCAUCACUUUCUUUGCUGGAUGUGUUGGUUUUGUAAUUUGGAAACGGCUACAUAAAAGAAACCGAAGUGAAGAAUGAUUCUCAGAAAUGUCUCAUAACUUUUUAUUAUUAUUCCAAAUUGUUUUCAUUUCGUACUUCUUUAGAACACUUUCCAUAUUGUUAUUCACCUAAAUAGUUUGGAAUUAUGUACAUUCUUAUGGUUGUUUACGUAAUGUAAUCUUAUUGACAAAAUAUAGAACAUGAUUUUUACUAUUUGUGUGAUUUUCUUCAUUGAAUAGAAACUGUGUAGGGUUAAAUAAAUCCCCAAAAUAAAUGGCUCUGUAAGCUUUCGACAUUGGAUGCUGACCAUAUUAGUUUUAAUGCACUCACCUAGCUGAAGGCGAU